CAGGCUCCGACCAUCAAUCCAGACGCGCACUACCUGACAACCCAUUCCGACUUGGUAGCGACGUAUAUCCUUCACAGCAAGAGAGAGGCCCAGGCAACCGGGCCGCUACUGCUCAGACAUCCGCGCUAUUUGUGCGUAAAAUGCAUCAGGAAAAGUUACCAGGGGGCCUACCUCUUGUCUGCUUAGGCCGAGGACGGAUGAGGCAUUUUCUUUUCAGCAGUGAUCCCCCUCUUCAGAAACUCCGGAACAAACAAGGAAAUAUACUUUUCGUGUCGUAUUGAAUGGCCUCGUGAUCACUACUACGAUACUCCUCGGUGGGAUGAUGACAACAACUUCGCUGCUAUACACCAUCACAUACAAUGCAUUAGUUAACCCGCGAAAUGCUGCCGCGAACAUCCUUUGUUCGGAGAUUGUGACUAGCUAUGGGACUGUCUCCAGCAACUAGUAUAAAGCACGCUCUUUGACAAUGUUCGCCCAGCUUAUUGCCCUCGUAUCCGCUGCCAGUAUCGUGAGCACCGUUUGUGCCCACGGUGUCAUUUCAAGCCCGCCUCGCCGUCUGCCUGGACCCGCCUUUGAGGCAGCUUGCGGAAGUCAAAUCUACAGUAUUGUCUCUAGCGACCAGUACGGCAACCAGCAACAGGAAGAGCAGAACAUCAACUCUGAGACCACUUCGGCUUGCGAGCUCUACCUUUGCAAAGGUCUUGAGUACGCAGACAACACCAACAACGUCCAGCAAUUUACUGCCAACCAGGUCGUCCCGAUCCAGAUCGAUCUCCGCGCACCACACACCGGUGUUGCCAACGUCAGCGUCGUCGCGACCGCUUCCAACUCAGUCAUCGCCGGUCCUUUGAUCUCCUUCGACCCGGCCUAUUCAACAUCCACAGCUAUCCCUGCCAACCAGACUUCGUUCUCGGUCACUAUUCCUAACCUCAACGGUCAAUGCGCGACUGCAGGAGAAUGUGUCCUUCAAUGGUGGUGGGAUGCUAGGUCUAUUGACCAGACCUACAUGAGCUGUGUCGACUUCACCCAGUGAUCAAAAGUCAAUUUAUGCACAGUCGUCCGGUCACGGAUUUAUUGGAUGUAUUUCUUGUUAUUUUGAUACAAUGGUUUCGCCUGUAUAGGCCUUGUGAAUAUAUUUGAAAUGUUUUAUGAGU